UCUGUCUUAACCUCUUUGGCUAUCAUUUCUACUCUACUUUUUCUCACUCUGUUCUUGGCAACAACACCGUCAUCAACUUCAGAACCUAAGAUUAACAUCUUUGAUGAUUAUUUCACUAGCCCAUCUUGAUAAUUUGCAAGAAAAAGUCCACAUUCAUGAAAAAGAUUUAAUGAGUGAUUCCUCUUUAUUUUAUUUUUUGCUAAACAAGAGAAACAGGUUCACGCGAUUCCUCUAUAAAGUGACUGCCAAAUUAAUCACACAAGACGGAUUCAAUUAGCUUAAACCGAGCUUGCAGAUGUUAUUGGCAAAGGCAUGAUAAUCGAGGAAGCCGAUGUUGCCCGUCUCCCUUAUUUGCAGUGCAUAGUGAAAGAAACCUUGCGAAUGCACCCACCAGUUCCCCUUCUGAUCCGAAAGGUAGAUCAAGACGUUGAGGCGUGUGGCUAUUUUAUUCCAAGAGACUCUCGAGUGUUAGUGCACAUAUGGCCAAUAGGCCGUGAUCCAGCUAUAUGGGAGGAUCCUCUGGCAUUUAAGCCUGAGAGAUUUUGGGGUUCGAAAAUGGACGUUCGUGGCCGAGAUUUUGAACUCAUUCCAUUUGGUGCUGGUAGAAGAAUUUGUCCAGGGUUACCUUUGGCAUCCAGGACCCUUUCUGUGAUGUUGGGUUCAUUGUUGAAUUCAUUUGAUUGGAAAGCUGAAGGCAAUAUUGUACCAGAAGAUUUGGAUGUAGAAGAAAAGUUUGGUAUUACACUGGCGAGAUCACGUCCUUUGCUAGCUGUUCCUAUUCCACUUUAA